UGCGGUUAGCCUAAUAAAAGUCUCCGGUGGGACAAACUCUACGCUCCCAACAACUAGGAGUCCCGAUUUUUAAUUCCUCAGUUCCCCUCUUCUAUAGAACACCUCUCCCCACUCCACUCCUCAGUGGCGGCUGGUUCCCUUUGCAAAGACGUUUCCUUUCGAAAAAGUAAUUGGCAGAAUUUAGCCACCUAAGUAAUUCCUUGUUCUAGAAGCAAAAAAACGAAACUCCUUUACAGACUUCUUUAUUGAUGUGUGUUUGCUGGCACCGAGUUUGACACUCUAUUGAUUGUGUGGCCUUUGUGACAGUUCCUUGGCAGUGGACAAGAAGGGUCUUGGUGUCUCCUGUUCUUUCUUUAGGUCUGGUUACACCUGCUGUAUAGUUAAGCUUUGCUGUCACACACUCGCAAGGACAUUUGAAGUCCAGGUUGAGAAUAGCCGUUGUACUUGGUUGGGGUUGGAGCAGCCACAGCCGUGAAGGACUAUGACGUGUGGCCGUCCUGGGAUAGUCAAAGGAGGGAAAAGAGGAGGGGCUGCCUGUGUCUGCGGGAGUCUGUGGGGAAGAGUGACUGGUUCCCCGUGGCCAGCAGGGGGAAGGAGUUGUAGGUUUUGGCGCAAUAGAAACAGACCGUUUUCAGAGCCUCCAGAGGUGGGGCGGGCGCCCGCGGAAGUGAUGGGGUUCCUGUCCUGGUGUUCAGACGCUGCAGGGAGUGGUGUCUGAGGCCCCUCUGACCCUGACUUGAGCAGUAUUCUCAGAUCCAGUGCGCACCUGAGGUGGCCAACGUCGAGCAGCUGUUCUGUGGUAACUGGCCUGCGGGAAGCCUCCUGGGAGCUUCAGAUAGCAGGUGAAGGCCCUGGGUGGAGAGCAAGUGCAGGUGGCACUGCCGCUGCUGCAGUGGGUGGUUAGGCCCACUGGGUGCAGCUGGGGUGGGCCCAGGAAGCAGUUCAGGAAUUGUCGGGUGUCUCUUGGUGGGACCAGCAGCUGGGGGCAGUUUGGCUGGGAAGCCCUGGUUGAGAGCAGGGAGGAGGGCUGAGUUGUCGGCCUUUCAUAGAGACUAACCUAAGAGCCGGGGGACCACAUACUGCUGAAGCCCUGCAAAUGGGGUUUUGAGUUACGUAAGAGAGAAGGCAGCCACCACCCCCGUGUUUGAUGACAUGGAGCUCUCGUGUCUCUCGUGGUUUCCCUGAGUUUCCAGCUCUGACAAACUGCCAUUGGAAAUCCAGACUUGUAGGCCGUGCAUCCUGUCUAACCAGUCUGGAGCUCUCUGGAGGUCUAUUCUCCCUGCCCUUUCCUGCUGCCCACGUAGGGGAGUGGGGCAGACAGACUCAGCCCAGGCUUUCCUUGUUGGAUGUUAGCGAGAGUUCAGGUGUGCCAAGGACCCGGCCUUAAGCCACUUGGGCUAAGGGGGUUCAGCAGCAGGCUUGUUGGAAUUAACUUCUCCGGAAAGUGUUUGGGCAGUCUCAGAGGAGACCGUGAGGAGUCACCCAGCAAAGGAGUCACGUCUCACUGUGUGCUCCAGGUGUGGGGUGAGAACAGAGCUGUGGGCUGAGGCUUGGGGGGCUCCACUGCCCGGCAUCUCUGAGACUUGCCUGGUGCAGGAGAGCUGAAGCACCCGUGGUCCGUGGAGGCCCAGUGGAGAGCGUGGGUGGCGACUGAGAUCAUGUGGAUGGACCUGGCCUGGGCCUUGAAGGCAGUAGUGUCAGUGGGCGGCUCUGCCAGGUGGAAGGCCAUCAGCUCUGAGCAUGUGCAGCCCGAGUGGAGGAAGGGCAGGCGGGUGCACCAGGGCCAGUGGGCAGCCAGGGCCUUGACUUCACUGCUGGGGGCUCUGACCUGGGACGCUGCUAACCUCACCCAGCUGGUGAGCAUGGACAACUGUCACUUGGGAUCCCAAGGAGCGGCCAUCCACACGCUGUGCGGGGACAGCUGCGGUGAUGCUGGUUCAGCUGGAGUUCUCCCUUCCUUGCCGUCAUCUUCACUGAUGAAGAGUCGCAGGGUGGAAUUUGUUAGAGCUGCUCUUGACUAAGUGUCUCUUGGUCAAUUUGUCCUCACUGCUGCCCCUUCAGCCUCAGAGUGGACCUGUGUGUUUGGUGGGACCGGGCUCCAGGGAGGCUCUGCCGCGGCAUGUAGUCAUUUCUCCAAGCGAGUCAAACAUCUCGAUCUCAGCCAGCAGUGCACUCCGGGAGUGCCACGGUCUGCGUCUACACCAGGAUGAUUAGACACUUAAAUCCAAAGUCUUCCAGUGCCUCCCAGGUUCCCACGAACUGCAUUCCCGACGCCUGAACAUGUGUCUUUCAGGCAAGAUUGUUGGGGUGCUGUUCUCCAGUUAGGUGGGAUGCUCUUGUUACUGUAAUUGGUGCUGAUAUUUCAAAUUCAUGCCUUCUUCUGCCUUAAAAUUUGUCUUACUAAAGCUCAGGAGUAUAGUCAGUGUUUUGGGUCUCUACCUGGCGGCCUCAUCUAUCCGCAAGUCCCCCAAGGCAAGGUGACCACGCACUCUUACCUUACAGAGUAGCGCUUCGUUCUUUGAAGGUCCCUUCUCACCCCGCAAUUUUGCGAUCUGGUUUCUGAACCCUCAGUGGCUUAGAAGGAACCAGAGGGCUUUUACAGAGUCACAGCGAGAAGAACAAAGUAACUGCGGAAUGUACAGCGCGCUCUUGAGGACGGUGGUUUCUGGUAAUCCUAGAAAGCUCAGAGGCCGUGGGAGCUCACCAUCCGUCCGGUGUUAGCAGCGCAGUGUGUACAAGCUCCUGGUCCUGACUCGGCGUCCAGAGAGAGACAGCGCACCAUGAGGUUCUCGAACCGUGCAGGGGAGCAGACCAUCAGUUUAAUGACAGUUUCCCUUCCAGUGGUUAAAUGUGAAAGUUCUGGCCGCUAAGGGGUCACUCCCUCAGCUCCCUGGGAAAGUCAUCUUCUGAAGGUUCUGGGUGGUGUGGGUUUUACUGUCACGUGCUUUGUCUGAAGCUCAUGGCUUAAAGGAGAGCUUCACUACUUUUUUUUCAUCCUGAGAAACUUGCCUAAGUAUUGGUAGUAGUAACCAAAAUGUAAAUAAUAUUUUGCCCUUUUCUGGCUGGGGAGUAGAAGGGGCUGGGCUUACAAUGCAGAUGAGUAACGUUUCUCUGGUUCUCCCCCUCGUACACCACACUAGCAGAAGCUGGCAGGCUGACAGGCGCCUCAGGACGGACUUUCUGGCUACUGACCGUUUCGCUGUGGCUUCCCCGGACUGUGUGUAGCUGUGCAACCAACAAUGAGCUCCGUUGCAGUUCUGACCCAGGAGAGCUUUGCCGAGCACCGGAGUGGGCUGGUUCCACAACAGAUCAAAGUUGCUACUUUGAAUUCAGAAGAGGAGAGUGACCCUCCGACCUACAAGGAUGCCUUCCCUCCGCUCCCCGAGAAGGCGGCCUGCCUGGAGAAUGCCCAGGAGCUGGCCGGGGCCUGGAGCAGCAAGAUCCGGCCCAUCAAGGCUUCUGUCAUCACUCAGGUGUUCCAUGUGCCCCUGGAGGAGAGGAAGUACAAGGACAUGAACCAGUUCGGAGAAGGUGAGCAAGCAAAAAUCUGCCUUGAGAUCAUGCAGCGGACAGGCGCGCACCUGGAGCUGUCCCUCGCCAAAGACCAGGGCCUCUCCAUCAUGGUCUCGGGGAAGCUGGAUGCCGUCAUGAAAGCCCGGAAGGACAUUGUUGCCAGACUGCAAACGCAGGCCUCGGCGACUGUUGCUAUUCCCAAAGAACAUCAUCGCUUUGUGAUUGGCAAAAAUGGAGAGAAACUGCAAGACCUAGAGCUAAAAACUGCAACCAAAAUCCAGAUCCCACGCCCAGAUGACCCGAGCAAUCAGAUUAAGAUCACAGGCACCAAAGAGGGCAUCGAGAAGGCUCGCCACGAGGUCCUGCUGAUCUCCGCAGAGCAGGACAAACGUGCUGUGGAGAGGCUGGAAGUGGAGAAGGCCUUCCACCCCUUCAUCGCUGGGCCCUACAAUAGACUCGUGGGCGAGAUCAUGCAGGAGACGGGGACGCGCAUCAACAUCCCACCCCCCAGCGUCAGCCGGACGGAGAUCGUCUUCACCGGGGAGAAGGAACAGCUGGCUCAGGCAGUGGCGCGCAUCAAGAAGAUUUACGAGGAAAAGAAAAAGAAGACCACCACCAUCGCAGUGGAGGUGAAGAAGUCACAGCACAAGUACGUCAUUGGGCCCAAGGGCAACUCUCUGCAGGAGAUCCUGGAGAGGACUGGGGUUUCCGUGGAGAUACCGCCCUCAGACAGCGCCUCAGAGACAGUGAUCCUGCGUGGCGAGCCCGAGAAGCUGGGGCAGGCACUGACCGAGGUCUAUGCCAAGGCCAACAGUUUCACCGUUUCCUCUGUCUCUGCCCCCUCCUGGCUGCACCGUUUCAUCAUUGGCAAGAAAGGGCAGAACCUGGCCAAGAUCACACAGCAGAUGCCAAAGGUUCACAUCGAGUUUACCGAGGGUGAGGACAAGAUCACCCUGGAAGGCCCCACAGAAGAUGUGAAUGUGGCCCAAGGACAGAUUGAAGCCAUGGUCAAGGACUUGAUUAACCGGAUGGACUACGUAGAGAUCAACAUUGACCACAAGUUCCACAGACACUUGAUUGGGAAGAGCGGAUCGAACAUAAACAGGAUCAAAGACCAGUACAAGGUGUCCGUGCGCAUCCCUCCCGACAGCGAGAAGAGCAACCUGAUCCGAAUCGAGGGCGACCCGCAGGGUGUGCAGCAGGCCAAGCGGGAGCUGCUGGAGCUGGCCUCGCGCAUGGAAAACGAGCGUACCAAGGACCUAAUCAUUGAACAAAGAUUUCAUCGCACAAUCAUUGGGCAGAAGGGUGAACGGAUCCGUGAAAUUCGCGACAAGUUUCCAGAGGUUAUCAUCAAUUUUCCAGACCCAGCACAAAAAAGUGACAUCGUCCAACUCAGAGGGCCCAAGAAUGAGGUGGAAAAAUGCACAAAAUACAUGCAGAAGAUGGUGGCAGAUCUGGUGGAAAAUAGCUAUUCAAUUUCUGUCCCAAUCUUCAAACAGUUUCACAAGAACAUCAUUGGGAAAGGAGGUGCAAACAUUAAAAAGAUUCGUGAAGAGAGCAACACCAAGAUUGACCUUCCAGCCGAGAAUAGCAAUUCAGAGACCAUUAUCAUCACAGGCAAGCGGGCAAACUGCGAAGCUGCCCGGAGCCGGAUUCUUUCUAUUCAGAAAGACCUGGCCAACAUUGCCGAGGUGGAGGUCUCCAUCCCAGCCAAGCUGCACAACUCCCUCAUUGGCACCAAGGGCCGCCUGAUCCGCUCCAUCAUGGAGGAGUGCGGUGGCGUCCACAUCCACUUUCCUGUGGAAGGUUCUGGAAGCGACACGGUUGUCAUCAGGGGGCCUUCCUCGGAUGUGGAGAAGGCCAAGAAGCAGCUCCUGCACCUGGCCGAGGAGAAGCAAACCAAGAGCUUCACGGUUGACAUUCGCGCCAAGCCGGAGUACCACAAGUUCCUCAUCGGCAAGGGCGGCGGCAAGAUCCGCAAGGUGCGUGAUAGCACCGGCGCCCGCAUCAUAUUCCCCACGGCCGAGGACAAGGACCAGGACUUGAUCACCAUCAUUGGGAAGGAGGAUGCUGUCAAGGAGGCCCAGAAGGAGCUGGAGGCCCUGAUUCAGAACCUGGAUAACGUGGUGGAAGACUACAUGCUGGUGGACCCCAAGCACCACCGCCAUUUUGUUAUCCGGAGGGGCCAGGUCUUGCGGGAGAUUGCAGAAGAGUACGGUGGCGUGAUGGUGAGCUUCCCGCGUUCCGGCACGCAGAGCGACAAGGUCACCCUCAAGGGUGCCAAGGACUGCGUGGAGGCCGCCAAGAAGCGCAUCCAGGAGAUAAUUGAGGACCUGGAAGCUCAGGUGACCAUGGAAUGUGCCAUUCCCCAGAGGUUCCACCGAUCUGUCAUGGGCCCCAAGGGUUCCCGGAUCCAGCAGAUCACUCGGGAUUACGGCGUACAGAUUAAGUUCCCCGACAGAGAGGAGAACCCAGUUCACAGCGUGGAGCCAGCCAUGCAGGAGAACGGGGACGAGACCGCAGAGGGGAGAGGUGCCAAAGAGGCCGACCCCAGUUCUCCAAGGAGAUGCGACAUCAUCAUCAUCUCCGGCCGGAAGGAGAAGUGUGAGGCCGCCAAGGAAGCUCUGGAGGCAUUGGUUCCUGUCACUGUUGAGGUUGAGGUGCCCUUUGACCUCCACCGGUACAUCAUCGGGCAGAAAGGAAGUGGGAUCCGCAAGAUGAUGGACGAGUUUGAGGUGAACAUACAAGUCCCGGCCCCUGAGCUGCAGUCUGAUACCAUUGCCAUCACCGGCCUGCUUGCCAACCUGGACCGAGCCAAGGCUGGGCUGCUGGAGCGAGUAAGGGAGCUGCAGGCCGAGCAGGAAGACCGGGCCUUGAGGAGUUUCAAGCUGAGUGUCACUGUAGACCCGAAAUACCACCCCAAGAUCAUCGGUCGGAAGGGGGCUGUGAUCACGCAGAUCCGCCUGGAGCACGAUGUGAACAUCCAGUUCCCUGACAAGGAUGACGGGAGCCAGCCCCAGGACCAGAUCACCAUCACAGGCUACGAGAAGAACACGGAGGCGGCCCGCGACGCCAUCCUGAAGAUUGUGGGAGAGCUCGAGCAGAUGGUCUCCGAGGACGUGCCCCUAGACCACCGCGUCCACGCCCGCAUCAUCGGCGCCCGUGGAAAGGCCAUCCGCAAGGUCAUGGACGAGUUCAAGGUGGACAUCCGCUUCCCUCAGAGCGGGGCCCCAGACCCCAACUGCGUGACCGUGACGGGCCUCCCAGAGAACGUGGAGGAAGCUAUUGACCACAUUCUCAACCUGGAGGAGGAAUACCUGGCCGACGUGGUGGACAGCGAGGCACUACAGGUGUAUGUGAAGCCCCCAGCACACGAGGAGUCCAAGGCCCCGUCCAAGGGCUUUGUGGUGCGGGAUGCGCCUUGGACAGCCAACAGCAGUGAGAAGGCUCCGGACAUGAGCAGCUCUGAGGAAUUCCCCAGCUUUGGGGCUCAGGUGGCCCCCAAGACCCUCCCAUGGGGCCCGAAGCGAUAAUGAUGAGGAAGCAGAAGCCUCUCCAGCCUGCGGCCCCGUCCCACCACCGCGGUCUCUCCAUCUGACCUUGGCUGGACCCUUGGUAAUUGGCGACGCUCCCCUCCCUGUCCAAGGUCUUGCAGGGAAGCCUGGGCGGCCGCAGGCACCCAGCACGGGGCGGCCUGCACUCAGGACCCGCCCGGCCCCUCUGCUCUGGGACAGGCUCUCCACUGUUGUAAACACUAAACAAGGUAAUUGAACAUUUCAUAACCCGUAACCAGACUCUGAGCUUCCCGGCCCCCCAGCAUGUCUGUCGGCCCUCUGACCUUCAUUCUGAGAGCUCCGCCUCGGGCUGGGAGUCCACUUCCUGUGUCGUGACCUCAGGAAAUAAAUUUCCUCGACUUUAUAAA